AUGGACAGCAGUAUCAGGAUAGCAGCAUGUUCCAGCACCAUGGACAACAGCAACGUGAUAGCAGCAUGUUCCAGCACCAUGGACAGCAGCAGCAUGAUAGCCACAAGUUUCAGCACCAUGGACGGCACGACCAAAGGAACAAUGCGUUUCAGUACCAUGGACAGCAGCAUCAGGAUAGCAGCAUGUUUCACUCUCCCCUCCAGCAUCACUAACGAAGCGGGAGCCUCCAUCUACAGCGUGAGUGCCGAGGCCGUGAAGGAGAUGCCUGACCUGGACCCCAACCUCAGGAGCGCAGUGUCCAUUGGGAGACGGGUUCAGGACCCGCUGGCUGAGCUGGUGAAGAUCGACCCCAAACACAUAGGCAUCGGAACCUACCAGCACGACGUGUCGGCAGGGGCUCUGAAGGCAGCGCUUGACGGCGUGGUGCAGGAGUGUGUGAGCUUCGUGGGAGUGGACGUCAACAUCUGCUCAGAGACGCUGAUGAGACAUGUGUCGGGCCUGAACGCAGGCCAGGCCAGGAACAUCGUGGAGUGGAGGGAGAGGAGCGGACCCUUCCAGAAUAGAGAGCAGCUUAGGCUGGUGAAGGGUGUGGGGCCCAAGAGCUACCAGCAGUGUGCAGGCUUCAUCAGGAUCAACCCUCACAACCUGCACACACACAGCAGGGAGACCCAGGAAGGGGCAACAGCCGCCCCAGAGGAGCCCAGCAAGAAGGCGGGCAAGAGGACCAAGAGUUCUGCCAGCGCCCAGCCCAACCCCCUGGACCAGACCUGCAUCCACCCAGAGUCCUACAGCAUCGCCACCAGCUUCCUCUCCCUGGUUGGCGGGGGUGUUGAUGAGCUGGGUCACUCAGACCUCCGUCAGAAGGUGGAGGCCAGGGUGAGGGCUGAGGGGCUGGAGAGGCUGGCCUCCAGUCUGGGGAGCAGUCCUGACACGUUGCAGCUCAUAGUGGACGGACUGACCCAACCUCCGGGCUUUGACAUCCGCCAGAACUUUGAGCAGGCAGACUUCAAGCGUGGCAUUGUGUCCAUGGCGGACCUGAGAGCGGGCACGGUUCUGACGGGCCGCGUGGAGAACGCCGCGUUGUUCGGGGCCUUCGUGGACAUUGGGGUGGGCCGAUCCGGCCUCAUCCACAAGAGCAAGAUCACCCCGGACAAGCUGCCCGCAGACAGCCAGCACCGGAGCCUGACGCUGGGGCCGGGGGAGCGGGUGGAGGUCCGAGUCCUGAGCGUGGAUGCCCAGCGAGGCAGGAUCGGCCUGGACCUUAUACGGGUCCUCCGGUAGAGACACACGCCUUCGUCAGACCGCAGGGACAAAUGGAAAAUGGUCUCAACUUUUUCGUAGGAGGAGUCAUUGUACAGUUUGUGUUCCAAUAGACGUUCUAUUUAUUAUCAAACCGUUUCUGCUGUGAAAUAACAUAGUUGUUUCUCUUGUUUUUUUCCUGUGUUUGUAUUGUUCUUCUCUGUUCAGUAUUGAAAUAAUCCUAAAUAAAAUGGCUGCUCAGAUAACAAAUGUUCCAUCUCUAAAAUGGUACAUUCUUAUUAAACGUAUCAUAAAAAGGAUUAUGGUCAUUUUACUGUUAAACAUCAGGGAAGCACUAAAGCCAAACAUCUCCCAUAACCCUGCCCCUUCCCUGUAAAAUGAUUGACAGGCGCUUGCAGGGGGGAGGGGCCAGAGGCCUGGAUGAAGGAGAGAGGAGGAAUGGAGCCCCUGACUCCAGACAGGCCCUGAGGGUCCCAGGACGAGACGUCCCCCAACUCGAUUAGCCCAGGACACAACUACACGACCAAACGAGUCCCAUCCCUACCAUCCUGCCCUUCUCCUGCCUCUCUGUGUUUACGCAGCUCUGUCCAAGAACCACGAGCUCUCUUUUGUCAAGGUUGUGAAGUGCUUUGUUGUAUUUUUAUAUGUUUUUUUUUCCCCCGCUCUCAUAACUUUCCCUGUGCGUGCGUGUUUGUGUUGUUGUACGUGAGUGUGUCUUUGAGAAGCGUGUUACUGAGUGCUCGAUAGGCCUGGAUUUAAUCCGUUCUCUCUCACCACGGGGGGGUGGGCACCUGAACAACCACACACAACCACCCCCCCACCCCGCCAGAAAGACCACCGCAUCAGGGGAGACCAGUGCCAUUACUGCUCUCACCAGGUCCUCGUCUCUCUCUCCCCUCAGAACGUGACAAGCCAGACCAGAGAGGUAUUGUGUGUCAGACAGGCCUCCAUAUCUAACACAUCUACUGGACUGUCCAGCUCCAGGUGCCUGGUGUCGAGUCUGCUUCUCUGGAGCACUGCAGCCCCAUGCCUGCUCCUCCUCCAGGCCUCCUUCCUCCUCUCUCUGCGGCUUGCAGGUCUCCCUUCUGUCCUUACUGGUUCACUCGUCCAAAAAACGGCAAAAUAAGGAGAAAUGGGGCACGACGGCAGUUGACAACCUGCUACUCUCUCUGUGUGUGUGUGUUUGAGUGUAUGUGCGUGUACAUGUUUGUGUGGACAACCAGAGGAGAGGAAUAGAUGAG